UCGGUUGUUCUUUUCAUUUCUUUUUCUCGUAGAAAUGCCACCCAAAAAGCCAACUGAGAAAUCCGCCAAGCCUGGCGAUAAGAAGCCAGAGCAGAAGAAGGCUGCGGCCCCGGCUGCUGCCAAGAAGGAGGCACCAGCUGCUGCCAAGCCCGCGGCUGCUGCUCCCAAGAAGGCGGCUGCUCCUGCCAAGAAGCCAGCUACCGCUGCUGUCAAGAAGCCCACAGCCGUGAAGAAGGUGGCAACCAAGGCCAAGCCAAAGGUCAAGGAUGCCAAGAAGAAGCUGGCUGCAGGCAAGAAGCCACAGUCGGUGCUGGCCAAGCUCUCGGCUAAGGCUCGCGCUGCCGCUAAGGCUAAGAAGGCAGUCAAGGUUGGUGCUAAGCCCGCCAAGGGCACUGCUAAGGCCAAGGCUGUUGCUCUGCUGAACGCCAAGAAGGUCCAGAAGAAGAUCAUCAAGGGCGCUUUCGGUACCCGUACUCGCAAGGUCCGCACCAACGUGCACUUCCGUCGUCCCACGACCUUGAAGCUGCCCCGUAACCCCAAGUACCCCAGGAAGUCGGUGCCCACCAGGAACCGCAUGGAUGCUUACAAUAUCAUCAAGUACCCCUUGACCACAGAAGCAGCCAUGAAGAAGAUUGAGGACAACAACACCCUGGUCUUCCUCACGCACCUGCGCGCCAACAAGAACCACGUGCGUGCUGCGGUCCGCAAGCUCUAUGACAUCAAGGUAGCCAAGGUGAACGUUCUGAUCAGACCCGAUGGUCAGAAGAAGGCUUAUGUGCGCCUGGCGCGUGACUACGAUGCUCUGGAUAUUGCCAACAAGAUCGGCAUCAUAUAGACAAGCAAAGUGUGGGGAACGUGCGUCGCAUUCUACAUUUCUACAUAGAAUUCUUUCUAUAAACAACAUAAUAACUAAGCUGACAGAGCGCGAGGAUGAACGUUUCUAAGUUGUCGACUGGGUAUAAUAAAAACCACUCAAAAAGAAA